AUGGCGGGCCCGUGGCGGGGGCUGCGGAGAGCGCGGGGCUGGGCGGCCCUGGCGGGGCUGCGGGCGAGGACGGACAAGUUCGGGGGUGUGAGCGUGAACCUGGGCGAGCUGCGCGGCUCCCCGCGGCUGGAGCGGGCCGCCUUCGGGCGGUGGCUGCGGGAGUCUGUAUCUCAGUGGCGGGAUGAAGGCCGUGUUGCUGUCUGGCUUCAUGUCCCCAUCCUCCAGAGCAGCCUUGUGGCAGUGGCUGCUUCCCAAGGCUUUGCUUUCCACCAUGCUGAGCAGGGCUCGUCCACCCUGACGCUGUGGCUGGGAGAGGAGCCCAGCAGGCUGCCAGGGUUCGCCACACACCAGUUGGGGGUUGCAGGGUGGCUUCUCAGCCAGAGUCACUGGAAAAUUCUCUGUUAUUUGAGGAAGAUUACAGGCCCGUCUCUGCUGAAUCAAGCAGCUUUGCCAGAUGAUUUGGGUGCUGUUCUAGAUGAAAGAACUGGAAAGGUGUUGGUUGUACAAGACAGAAAUAAGACUAUAAACGCAUGGAAAUUUCCAGGAGGUCUGUCUAAUCCAGGAGAAGACAUUGGAGACACAGCAGUUCGGGAGGUUUUUGAAGAGACUGGCAUCAAGUCAGAGUUCAAGUCCAUUCUAAGCAUCAGGCAGCAACACAAGCACCCUGGAGCCUUCGGGAAGUCAGACAUGUACAUCAUCUGCCGCAUGGAGCCCAGCUCCUUCCACAUCAGCUUCUGCCAGCACGAGUGCCUCCGGUGCGAGUGGAUGGACCUGGAGGAGCUGGCCAGGACGGAAAAUGCCACGCCCAUCACCAGCAACGUGGCCAAGCUCUUGCUGUUCGGGUACCGGGAAGGGUUUGAUAGGAUUGACAUAACCAUGAGGGAGUUCCCAGCUGUCUACACAGGUCUGUUCUACAAGCUCUACCACAGGGAGCUGCCCGAGUCCUACAGAAACAUGACAUGAUAGCAAUACAUUUCACAUUUCCUUAUAGUAAUAAUUUAGAAUUACUGCAGUGUUGCAUAUUAUAGUUAUCUGUGGACUUCUUUUUAUGUAAUUAUUAGAACAUAGUUAUUCUCUAAUAAGCUAAGAUAUAAAUUAUUUUUAAAGGUAAUUAUUGCUAUGAGUGUGCAUCAGGUUUGUUCUUCUCUACUCCAUAAAGCAAGCAUAAGGUAAAUAAAAUACAGAGGUACCUAGAAAAAAA